AUGAUCGAGAAGUUUGGUGGUGGUGGUGGUGAUGUUGGUGCGGAUGCAAUUCAGAACUCUCCACCUGUCUGCGUGCUCAUUCAUGCUGACGUCUGGUGUGGAUGCAGGUGGCUCGACAACCAAGGUCUGGUGGGACCCAUUCCACAGUCUAUCAGCAACCUCAAGAAUCUAACCAUGCUUAAAAUAGCCGGGAACGGGCUCACAGACAUCCCUAGUAGCAUCAGUGGGCUCGCUGUUUUAACUCAAAUAGAUCUCUCGCACAACGAGAUUUCAGGCACCAUCCCUGCUGGCUUCAGUGCUCUCGUCCAACUGCAGUACAUAGACAUCUCUCACAACAAUCUUGCAUCCAGCAUCCCUGCUAGCUUCAGUGGGCUCCGCAAACUAAAGUCCAUGUUGCUGUCCAAAAACAAUCUCUCUGGGCCCAUCCCACCAUCCCUAUAUUGGAAGCCUCAUUUACCUGGAAAGCUUGUCGAAGAAGCCACCAACAACUGGUCAGAGGACAACCAGCUAGGAUCGGGUGCCUUUGGUGACGUGUUCAAGGGGGUGUCUCCUCGCGAUGGUGUCACUGAGUGGGCUGUGAAGCGCGCCAAGCUGAUAGACGUGGACUUCCAACGGGAGGUGCAGCAAAUGGCCGACAAGAACCAUCCCAACAUCGUGCGACUUCUUGGGUUUGCUGUGGGGGGUGACAUGAGGACGCGGCCAGAACAAGUCCUCAUCUAUGAGUUUGUACCCAACGGUGACCUCGAGAGGUGGCUGGAUCCUGCAAGUGAGUCUACGUUCAAUGCCCCUCGUGCCUGUGAUGACACAUUCCAUAAUUGUGUGCCUUAUGCCGCGUGUUCAAUUCCAUGUGCCUAA